AUGUUCCACAUGUCAAGUCCUUGGGAUGGGCGCGCUUGGAUCAGGCCCGCUGACGACGAAGCGUACCCCUUCGCGGCACCCCUGCAUGAGCUUCGCGCAUCGGUACCCUUCGAGGAUUUUGAGAUUGAUGCUGAUCAUCCCGCAGCAUUUCCUCAUCGGGCAUAUUAUGCCAGAGGGCGGCCUCGCGCGGCACACACGGCCUUUGUCCCCUGCGCGUACCCUCAACAACCACGCCGGACCUGCAACUCAUCCUCGGCCAUUCCACCAGCUGCACGCGGCAUGUGCGACAGGCUGGACGAGAUGCCGUACGGUUUCCGCUAUCCACGUCGGGCACCAGCAGCUCCGGAACCGGUCUUCUACCCCGCCCGGGCGCACAUCCCUCCUUUCCGCGUCAUGCCGCAUCGAGCCGCUGCUGUCAACGACAUGAACGCAUACGGCCACACCGACGACGAUCACGACUUUCCUGUGCUGCUUGAUACUGGGUUGUGCUUCCGUGCCGCUGUGCCUUCCGCCGCCAACGCCGCCGGUGGGAAGAAAGCCAGCUUCGCCGCCAAGGACGAUAGGGCAACGGAACCGCAACGGGCGACGGAGGCGAAGUCGAGGACGUCUUACAACGACGCGUCGACACUGAACGACAACACGGUGACGACGGCGACGACGACUAGGACGAGGACAGCGGCGGCGGCGCGUCCCGCUAACACCGGGACAGGUCCAACCCGAAUUGAAGUUCGAGCGGCAGCUGACGGUUCCAACGGCGCAGGCGGCGGCCAGGUGCCCGUCAUCACCACUUCGGCGGUCCCCGCCAACUCUGCCAAGGCGGCCAAGACAGCCGCCGCUGCCGCCACCGCUGCUGCUACCGUAGCGCCGCAGGGAGCGCCCUUGGAGCGUCAGCACAGCACCGCACUGGUGACACGGCCGCCUCUGGAAAUCUCUCUGUCCCGCGGUCCCAGUGCCGUACUGCCUUCCGCCGCCUCGUCCAGCAGCUCUGCCGCUGCCGUCACCACAGCCAGCGCAGAUGCCGCGGCGGCGGCGGCGGCGGCGGCCACCCCCCACAGCAAGGGGCCCCUCGCGACGGCGGCGGCGGUGACCGUGUCAUCCGCCGCAGCAGCUGCAAGCCGCAUGACUCGCUCUCAGGCGGUUCUUUGGUGUUGA